AUGAUUGAGGAGAGUGGGAAGAGGAGGAGGACAAUGGCAGAGAAGAGACAGCUGUUCAUGGAAAUGAGAGCACAGAAUUUUGAUGUCAUCAGACUUUCAACGUAUCGAACAGCCUGUAAACUGCGGUUUGUACAAAAAAGAUGUAAUCUUCAUCUUGUUGAUAUCUGGAAUAUGAUUGAAGCCUUCCGAGAUAAUGGCCUUAACACUUUGGAUCAUAACACAGAGAUCAACGUGUCUCGACUAGAAACAAUCAUUUCAUCCAUCUACUACCAGCUAAACAAACGCCUUCCUUCUACUCACCAAAUCAGUGUAGAGCAAUCCAUCAGCCUCCUCCUCAACUUCAUGAUAGCAGCAUAUGACAGUGAGGGCCAUGGGAAGCUGACGGUAUUUUCAGUGAAAGCUAUGUUAGCAACAAUGUGUGGCGGUAAAAUACUGGACAAAUUAAGAUAUAUUUUCUCUCAAAUAUCAGAUUCAAAUGGACUAAUGAUAUUUACAAAGUUUGAUCAGUUUUUGAAAGAAGUUCUAAAACUUCCAACAGCUGUGUUUGAGGGGCCUUCUUUUGGAUACACAGAGCAUUCUGUACGGACCUGUUUCCCACAACAAAAAAAAAUCAUGCUAAACAUGUUUUUAGACACAUUGAUGGCUGAUCCGCCGCCUCAGUGCCUUGUGUGGCUGCCUCUCAUGCACAGACUUGCCCAUGUUGAAAAUGUCUUCCAUCCCGUGGAAUGUUCGUAUUGCCGGUGUGAGAGCAUGAUGGGUUUCCGGUACCGAUGCCAGCAGUGCCACAACUACCAGCUCUGUCAAAACUGUUUUUGGCGUGGCCAUGCAAAUGGUCCUCAUAGCAACCAGCAUCAGAUGAAGGAGCAUUCCUCUUGGAAAUCACCUGCAAAGAAGCUGAGCCAUGCAAUUAGUAAAUCCCUUGGUUGCGUACCAAGUAGAGAACCACCUCGUCCUGUAUUUCCUGAGCAGCCAGAAAAGCCACUUGAUCUUGCACAUAUAGUUCCUCCUCGGCCUCUGACUAACAUGAAUGACACCAUGGUGACCCACAUGUCCUCUGGAGCACCUACACCGACAAAAAGUGUCCUGGACAGCCCCGGCAGGCUGGACGAGGAGCACAGGCUGAUUGCCAGAUACGCCGCCCGGCUGGCUGCCGAAGCUGGAAAUGCACCUCGCCCACCAGCAGACCUGGGUUUCAGCUUUGAUGCCAAUAAACAACAGAGACAGCUGAUAGCAGAGCUGGAAAACAAAAACAGAGAGAUACUCCAAGAAAUUCAGCGUCUCAGGCUGGAACAUGAACAAGCCUCUCAACCCACCCCUGAGAAAGCCCAGCAGAACCCGACUUUAUUGGCUGAACUACGGCUUCUACGACAGAGAAAGGAUGAAUUAGAGCAGAGGAUGUCUGCACUUCAAGAAAGCAGAAGAGAACUGAUGGUGCAGCUUGAAGGGCUGAUGAAACUGCUCAAAGAAGAAGAGCAAAAGCAGGCAGCGCAAGCAGCAGGCUCGGCACACUCCUCGCCCACCCACGGAGCCAGCCACCCCAUGCCCAUGCCCGUCAGAUCCACCUCCGCUGGCUCUACCCCAACUCACGUCCCGCAGGACUCGCUUGCAGGUGUCGGGGGAGACGUGCAGGAAGCUUUCACACAAGGUACGAGGAGGAACCUCCGCAACGACCUGCUGGUAGCAGCCGAUUCCAUCACCAACACCAUGUCAUCGCUGGUGAAGGAACUUCAUUCAGCAGAGGAAGAAGAUGAAGAAGAAAUGGAAAAAAUGCAGAAUGGAAAGGACCGAGGUUAGGUAGACGACUGCAGGCUGUACAGUAAUUCAGGCACGGAGGGUUACGCUUACGAUGAAGAGACGUCUCCCCGUCCUUUGGAAGAGGCACGUUUCAGCUGAUACAUUCACCAUCGUGCAACUGUGACCGAUCUCAACCACCUGCUGACGAAAGCGGCUUUCUCUGAACCGCCUGGAGGGCUUUCGCCGUCGGCAUUUGCCUCUUAGGUCAUUGCAUGUACUAUUUUCCUCCAUGUGUUUACUAACGAUAAUCAGACAAUGCCCCAUCAAACUCAGCAAUUUAUGGGAGGUUUAAAAAAAAAAACCACACAAAAGGAAAGCUAAUACCCCCUGCUCCUGCUAAGUGUACUGAUCUUUUUUGAUUGCCUCCCAAAUGGUGUCAUCAUCGCGUCACAUGCCGGUUAUUUCCUCUUGAC